AAUGGGGUCAUUUUUUUGUAUUGACAGUAUACGCCAAGCGGUAUCUAGACUUUCUGAGGGCUAUGCAUGUGGCCUUUUACUUUUAAAACACAUUAAGCUAGUUCACGGUCAUCUAACACUACAAAUAAAUGGGUAGAUAAGUAGAUAAGCAUUUUUAAUUGUCCAGUCAUCACAUAAAAAUAUGAAGCGUUUACUUUUAGUUUUUUUAUUAGUAGCCAAUAUAUAUUUCUGCACCAGUAAUGAAAUAGUAAAAGCCAGAUUAGAGAGUUGUCCUGGUUGUUCACUAAACCGUCUACAGGAUGUUAGAAAGUUUGCUUACGACGAUUUGCCCAAUUAUGAAGGAGUGGAUUGGAAAAAAAUAUCUGGGGCUCCGCCAGAAUUGGUGUUUUUGAAUGACAAGGAGGAGGAAGUCGAAAGGCAUCCACUGAAGGAUUUAAAUAGAAAAGAGUGCAAUGAUCUGUUGCAGAGUAAAGGUUUCAGUCCAAAUAAUAAAGAAUUAUAAAAUAAUGUAGUUAUUUAAAAUGUACUUACAAUAAAAUGUAUAAGGUAAAAAAGACUAUCAAAUUUAUAUAUUGUAGUAGAUAUUAUUAUUAUUUUUGUUAGCAAUAUUUGCAUUUGGUAGAUUAAAAAAUCUGAAUGUGUACAUUUAUAAUGUAGAAAUAGGAUUUUAAAAAAUAUAAUACUUAUACAAUUAA